CAUCACCCCUUCUCCGGUUCCUCUAUUCCGCCACCGCUAUACGGCGGAUGCCCAUCUCAAUCCCGUAACCUAGUUGCAUCCCAUCGAUACUCAACCCACUCUUCAAGUUGAUUGAAUUGGAAUAACCAUCUGUUGGGCAAUCCUUAUUGAUAUUCUAAGACAAAUAUAUAUACACGAAAUUACUUCAUCACUGGCUUUUGAAGUGGGUGAUGGAAGAUAAAUACAGUGUCGAAUCUGCAGAAGCACUUGCGAACGAAGCAUUGCGAUUGCCGAUAUCGGAGGCAGUGCCCGUAUAUGAGCAGCUUUUGGCUACGUUUCCUACCGCGGCAAAAUAUUGGAAGCAAUAUGUUGAAGCACAUAUGGCUGUCAAUAAUGAUGAUGCAACAAAACAGAUAUUUAGCCGAUGCCUAUUGAAUUGCCUGCAGAUACCUCUUUGGCGAUGCUAUAUUAAUUUUAUCAGGAAAGCCAAUGAGAAGAAGGGGUUAGAGGGUCAGGAGGAGACCAGGAAAGCUUUUGAUUUUAUGCUGGGUUAUGUUGGAUCUGACAUUGCUUCUGGGCCUGUGUGGACUGAAUAUAUUAACUUCUUAAAAUCUUUACCUGCUCAAACUGCACAAGAAGAGUCACAAAGGAUGAUUGCUGUACGGAAAGUAUACCAAAAAGCUAUUGUGACUCCUACCCAUCAUGUUGAGCAACACUGGAGAGACUAUGAGAACUUUGAAAAUUCAGUUAGCCGUGCGUUGGCAAAAGGACUAUUAUCCGAGUAUCAGCCAAAAUAUAACAGUGCAAGGGCUGUCUAUAGAGAACGAAAGAAGUACGUUGAUGAGAUUGAUUGGAACCUGCUUGCCUUGCCACCAUCUGGUUCUCUUAAGGAAGAACUACAAUGGAUGGCAUGGAAGAGAUUCUUAGCCUUCGAGAAGGAGAAUCCUCAAAGGAUAGAUACCUCGUCUGCUAACAAGCGCAUCUCAUUUACUUAUGAACAGUGCCUCAUGUAUUUAUAUCAUUACCCGGAUAUAUGGCAUGACUAUGCUACAUGGCAUGCAAAAAGCGGCUCAAUAGACUCUGCUAUCAAAGUAUAUCAACGAUCUUUGAAGGCGCUUCCUGAUUGUGCAUUGCUAAGGUAUGCUUAUGCUGAGCUUGAGGAAUCCCGUGGGGCAAUUCAGGCUGCCAAAAAGGUAUACGAAAGUCUUUUAGGAGAUGGUGCCAAUGCAACUGCGUUAUCACAUAUACAGUUUAUUAGAUUCCUAAGAAGAACGGAAGGUGUUGAAGCAGCUCGAAAGUAUUUCUUGGAUGCACGCAAAUCUCCUAAUUGUACUUACCAUGUUUAUGUUGCUUAUGCAACAAUGGCAUUUUGUAUGGACAAAGAUGCAAAGAUUGCACACAACGUGUUUGAAGCAGGGUUGAAAAGGUUUAUGCAUGAGCCCGGAUACAUUCUUGAAUAUGCAGAUUUUUUGUCUCGCUUGAAUGAUGAUAGAAAUAUCAGGGCCUUAUUUGAACGUGCAUUGAGCUCGCUUCCACCUGAAGAGUCUGUUGAGGUUUGGAAGAGGUUCUCUCAGUUUGAGCAGACAUAUGGAGAUCUCGUUAGCAUGUUGAAGGUGGAGCAAAGAAGGAAAGAAGCCCUUGCUAGAACAGGUGAAGAGGGCGCAUCGGCUUUACAGAAUUCCUUACAAGAUGUUGUAUCACGAUAUAGUUUUAUGGAUCUAUGGCCAUGCUCUUCGAGGGAAUUGGAUCAUUUAUCUCGUCAAGAUUGGCUUUCGAGUAAUGCAAACAAGAAAGUUGAGAAAUCAACUCUGGCAAAUGAAGCAGAUAAAAGUCCAGGACAAAUGUCGAAUUCAAACAUAUCUUCUAAAAUCAUCUAUCCGGAUACCUCGAGAAUGGUGGUCUAUGAUCCGAGACAAAAGCCUGGUUUAACCACUACUGGUCUUCCUUCCACUGCUAGCACAUUGCCUAGUUCUAAUGCAUCAUCAUUGGUCAUUGGUGGAGUGCCACCUGCACCUAAUGCUGUUCCAAAACCCUUGCCACCUGCUUUGGCAGCGUUUAUAGCAAGUUUGCCUGCUGCAGAGGGCCCGUUGCCUGAUGUUGAUUAUGUUCUAUCAAUAUGUUUACAAAGCACUAUACCGAUUGGGGAACCUGGGAAAUUAGCGAUUCAGUCACAAGCUGGACCUGCUUCCAGUGAUGUUUCUGGUUCAAGCAAAUCCCAUUUGUUCAAACCAAGGGACAGACAACAUGGGAAGAGAAAAGAUGCAGACAGGCAAGAUGAUGACGACAGUAGCACCGUUCAAAGCCAACCACUGCCUAAAGAUGCUUUCAAGAUUCGACAACUAAGAAAGGCCCGAGUAGGUGGUGCACCAACUGGAGCCGCCGCUGCUUCAUAUGGUAGCGUACAAACUGCAUCUGCUUCAUAUGGCAGUGGAUUUUCAGGGGAGCAAUCUGGCAGCUUUGGCUGAUGGAUCAAUUAUGUACUCCAUUUAUGCUUCAUAAUAGGAGUUAACCCUCCAGCAAUGGGUGAAGUGGCUUACUUACGAUCACACGUAAAAAAAGCAGAUGAAAUGCUGAAGGCGUCUCUCGGAUUCUACAUCUGUGUGGGAUAUACUGGGUCUGUUUGGUCUAAUAAUUUGGUUUAGUUAGAACUAUGUUGUAACAUCUUUCAAAAGAAAAACAGUUGCCAUCAAUUCCAAAAUGAGCACAUGAGGGCAUAUGGGGUUAUUUUACUGGACCUGAUUUGUUAUAAACUUGAAACUAUAAGGACUAUUUUUGUAAUUAUAUUGUUAGGGGGAUUUGAUCUAUAAUUUUCACCGAACCAGGGACAAAAUUUGUAAUUUACUCUUGUCCUUAAAUUUUAAAAACUCG